CGUUGUCCCGGGCACAUGGAGCCUCCUUGGCCCCGUCAACGCUCGGUGACGCCGCCAGAUCCUAAAGCUCUCCACGACUCCGGCUCUCCUCCCUCGCCCAGCUCGCCGGUCCUUCAGAUUGUUUCCCUCCGCAAGCAUGCUCUGAGCUCGUCGUUGUGCUCCCACCCGCCGUCCCCUUGUCCGCGACCCCCUCUACCGACCUCCCUCGCCCGCCGGUGACAUCACUCCUGGACUUUGCCGAGACAAUCCCCAGUCCAGCCAUCGGUCCGCCGGUAUCUGAUUUCUACCAUACGAUACAAUACCAGGCCCGCCCUCUGAUUGACGACAGGCCAUUCCCGACCCGAACGACAGGUAGAGGUGCAUCAUCUUCACCAGGCCUCCAGAUACACGACGCACAACAUGGCUGCCCAGUCCAAGAUGGCGCCGCUUCCAUCAUGGGGAUAUGCUACUGCUGGUGCCGCUGGUGCCGUUUUUGCGAACACCCUCGUCUAUCCACUCGAUCUGAUCAAGACAAAGCUGCAGGUCCAGGUCAAGAGACAGGCUGGAGACAUCAUUGAUCCUUCAGAGCCCCAUUACACGUCCACGUGGGAUGCCGUCACCAAAAUCGCUGGUGCCGAGGGUGUGGCAGGUCUCUAUGCGGGCAUGAGCGGUGCGCUGCUUGGUGUGGCCUCCACCAACUUCGCCUACUUCUAUUGGUACUCGACCGUUCGUGAGAUCUACUUCAAGUACCAGAAGACCCCUGGCCCACCUGGUACCGCCACGGAGCUGGCUCUCGGCGCUGUUGCUGGCGCGCUCGCCCAGCUGUGCACGAUUCCCAUUGCCGUCGUCACGACCCGGCAGCAGACCCAGACCAAGGAGGAGAGAAAGGGCAUGAUUGACACGGCCCGCGAGGUCAUCAACAGCGAAGAUGGCGUAUCGGGCUUGUGGAGAGGCCUCAAGGCUAGUCUCGUCCUCGUCGUGAACCCCUCCAUCACAUACGGAGCCUACGAGCGGUUAAAGACCGUCAUGUACCCAGGCAAGACAAGACUGAGCCCUGGCGAAGCAUUUUUGCUUGGCGCAAUGUCGAAAGCCCUUGCAACAAUCGUCACCCAGCCUCUCAUUGUCGCCAAAGUCGGGUUGCAAUCAAAACCUCCGCCUCAGCGCAAGGGCAAGGCCUUCAAGGGUUUCAUUGAGGUCAUGCAGUUCAUCAUCGAGCACGAGGGUGCUUCAGCAUUAUUCAAGGGCAUCGCCCCCCAGAUCCUAAAGGGCCUGUUGGUGCAAGGAAUCCUGAUGAUGACAAAGGAGAGAAUCGAGCUUGGUUUCAUCCUCCUCUUCCGGUAUCUGCGGCAGCUCAGAUCGCAGCAGCUGGCCAAGGCUGCGGCCUUCGCGGCCGAGAAGGCAAAGAGUGCUGCUCCCAUUCUUGUCAAGUAAUUGGGCGGUCCUGGGUCUACAAGAGGCGGCGGUUCACCUGAAGGACGUGACUCUGGAAGGAAGAAAGAGCAUGGGGGAUCAUAUACGAGAUACCCGAUCAACUGCGGCCUGGCCGCCUUCUGUAUAUACUACACAGGCUGUCCUUCCGGACAGUCGUGAUUAUGAGCUUGUGCUGUGCUUCGAAUGCAUUUCUGAUUCUGGCGUA